UAAUGGUUUACUGCCUGAAUGGUUGACAUUUGUGUUUCAGACAGCUGUUCAAUAAAAACAGAAGAAGAUUCAACGUUUACAUCCUAAGAUCUGUAAAACUUGCAGAGACAUCUCUGAGCUGUGAAGAGGAGAGACCACAAGUGUAGCAGAGAUGUCUCAGAGGAGGAGACUUCCACCAGAUGAACCCAGAAGAGCCGGUUUGAAGGUUUCCAGACCUGGACCAUCCACGCCAGAGCUGCUGGAGACACAACACACCAAAGAUCUCAUAUUGUCGGGAGAUGUCCGGAAGCUUUUGGUGGUCAAAGACGAGGUUCCCUGGAGCUCCAGUCUGGACCAACAGAACCCAGUGGCUCUUCUCAUAAAGGAGGAAGAGGAGGAACUGAGGACCAGUCAGGAGGCAGAUCAGCUUCAUGGGCAGGAUGAGGCGGAAAUCACUGGGUUUCAGUUUGAGACUGUGAAAAAAGAAGACGAUGAAGAAAAACCUGAGCAACUCAAAGAUGAACCCCACAGAGAGACGGAGCGUUCGACCAGCAGCUCAGCUGAAGGGACGGAGACGGAAACUGAAAGAACCAAUGAAAAAGAACCAGCCAGGAUCCCAGAUCUAAAAACGUCAGACUCUUCUGACACUGAAGUUAGUGAUGACGAUUAUUGGCAAAAAUCUUCACAUUCUGGACCUGAAACCGAAGACCCUAAAGGUGAUUGGAAGCAGACAGUCGUACCUGUGCCGGGUGUAAAUCACGACGAAUGCUCCUACAACGUCAAAAAGCCUCUCAGCUGCUGUGAGUGUGGCAAACAGUUUCUUUACAAGUGCUUUCUCGAGAGACACAUGAGAGCCCACACCGGCGAGAAACCGUUCAGGUGCGACGUCUGUGGUAUCAGAUGUAGUCGGAAGAAAGAUCUCGAACUUCACAUGAGAAUCCACACUGGGGAGAGACCUUUCGCCUGCGACGUUUGUGGUAAACGGUUUCGCAGGAUGAUAGAGCUGAAGGCGCACAGGAGAGUCCACACGGGAGAAAAGCCUUUCAACUGCGACGCUUGCGGAAAAAGAUUCAGCCUCAACACGAAUCUCAAGAGACACAUGAGAAUCCACACAGGGGAGAAGCCCUUCGUCUGUGGCGACUGCGGUAAAAGAUUCAGUGUGAAAGGAACUCUUUCCAAACACAUGAUAACCCACACGAGCGACACGCCGACUGAGUGUGAUGAUUGCGGUAAAAGAUUUCGCACCACGAUAGAGCUUAAGACGCACACGAUAGUCCACACGGGGGAAAAACCUUUUGCGUGUGAUUAUUGUGAUAAAAAAUUCAGCCGCAACACACAUCUGAAGACGCACAUGAGAGUCCACACAGGAGAAAAGCCUUUUUGCUGCGACUAUUGCGGGAAAAGAUUCACUCAAAGCACAAACUUUAAGACGCAUGUGAGAGUCCACACGGGAGAGAAACCUUUCACCUGCGGCCAUUGUGGCAAACCGUUCAGCACGCAAGGAACUCUUUCCAAACACGCCAUAAUCCACAAAGCAGAAAAGCCUUUCAGCUGCAACGUUUGCAGUAAAAGAUUUCGCAGAUCGAUAGAGGUGAAAGCACACACGAGAGUCCACACGGGGGAACAGCCUUUCAGCUGCGAGCUUUGCGGGAAGCGAUUCAGCCUUGGCACAAAUCUCAAGAGACACAUGAGAGGUCACACGGGAGAGAAGCCGUUCGCCUGCGGCGACUGUGGUAGAAGAUUCGGUACCCAGGGAGCUCUCUCUAAACACAUGAUCGUCCACACGGUCGACAAACUCUUCGCUUGUGACGUUUGUGGUAAAAGGUUUCGCAGGGAGAUGGAGCUUAAGAAACACUCGCGAGUGCACACGGGAAAGAAGGCUUUUGGCUGUGGAGACUUUGGGAAAAGCCAAAACGAGCAUCUCAAGACUCAAGUAAGAGUCCACACGGGGGAGACGCCUUUCAGCUGUGUGGAAUGUGGUGAGAGAUUUAGCCGGCAGGACCGAUUAAAAAGUCACUUGAAAACGCACACGAUGAACCAGCUGGUGUUGUAAAAACUCACCUGGUUCCUGAGGGUAAAAGAGGGUUGUUUAUCAAUUCUGUACACAAACUAUCAAUCUGAGUUGCUCCCUGGAUAGGUGAU